AUGUUCAACUCUAAGGCUGCCGGUGUGGCCGUCAGCGCAAGCGGGCAUAUCCACACCGACCAGGGGCAUAUACUAGAGCAAAUCGAUGAGGACGUGCAGUCCGUCAAUGCUUUUAAAACACGUUUGAAGAAUAGCGCGCACGGCUCUGGAGUAGCUGAGACGGCCGGAGAUGCUCCAGCAGGCACUGAGGAAGCCGCGGAGACGGAGUGCGAUACCGGCAAUGAGGAAGGGCAGCCUGCAUCGAAGCGCAGGAAGCUGUUGAGACCGGAGACAGAGAAGCCGAUCAGCGAAGAGGACUACCGGCAAUACCACCAGGCCAGACAGAGGGUCAAGGACUUCUACAAGGAGCAGCAUGAGAAUCAGACUGUGGCAUUCAACCUGCAAGCUCGAAUUAACUACAAGACCAAGGUACGAGCCAAGAUGAGCAUCUGGGAGGCGCUUUGUAAGCUGUCGAAGCUCAUCGACGAGUCCGACCCCGAUACAGAGCUGUCGCAGAUAGACCAUGCGCUACAGACGGCAGAGGCGAUCCGGGCAGAGGGCCGCCCUCGCUGGAUGCAGCUGGUGGGGUUAAUACACGAUCUGGGCAAGAUAUUGUACUUUUUCGAUAGCGAGGGACAGUGGGACGUGGUCGGGGACACGUUUCCCGUGGGCUGUCAGUUCGCAGAAGAGAUCAUAUUCCAUGAGUUUUUCGAGGGCAAUGCUGAUAAAAACCAUCCGAUCUACUCCCAGAAGCUGGGUAUCUACCAUGAAAACUGCGGGCUUGCAUCCGUGAUGCUCUCUUGGGGGCACGAUGAAUACAUGUACUAUAUUGCGAAAGGACAAUCACUUUUGAAUGAUAAGGCGCUUGCGAUGAUAAGAUACCACUCUUUCUAUCCGUGGCAUCGUGAGGGCGCCUACCGCUAUCUCAUGGACGAAAGCGAUUACGAGCUGCUUGAGGCGGUUCAGGAUUUUAACAAAUAUGACCUUUACUCCAAGACCAACAAGAAAUACGAUGUAGGGGAGCUAAAGGAGUAUUACCAAGAUCUUAUUAAUGAAUUUUUCCCCACGAAGCUUGUCGAAUUUUGA